AUGUCUCUGAAGCGGUUCAACGCCGAUGUGCGGGCCGUCCGCGCUCGGAUUGAAGAUGAUGGAAUCCCAGGAGUCUUCGCUAUCGAGCGUGGUGACUCGGACGGUGAAGUCGUCGUCACUGUCGCUCACGAGAAGAUGCCCGCUCCCCUCCCCAUCCGGCUACUCGCCCAGAGUCUUGACGAGUACCCGAACGACAACAAGUUUCUCAUCUUCACAGCCUCCGAAAACAUUCCCACCAGUGUCCUCUCAGCUCUAGAGGACCUGCGGGACUAUACUUCUGGUAUGAAGCUUCUCGAGACUAUCACGACACUGUCGACAUGCCUAGACCGCGCCCUCCGCUCUGUCGACGUUGACCAAGUCAUCACCAUGGAAGACCCAAGUGAUCCCCAUGAUUCGGAUGACUUAAUGGAGGAUGAUCUCUAUGGUGAUUUCACCGAUCCAUUAUUCGGUCUAUCACCCAUUCGCACCAACAGCCAGCAUCGACCAUACUCUCGCCUGGCCUCCAGCAUGCUGCGAAGAAUCAAGCUUGACCUGCGCAGCGCACGAGAUGCAGGUUGCAAGGUCGGUAUCUUGGACGGCCUACAGCUCUCUUCUGGAACCCACAUCUUCUCCCUGUCGAUACGCGCCAGUGAACUGGGUCUAUCGCAGGAGGCUCUCGAGGCCUGGGACGUGGAGAUCUCUGACCACAUCAUUCUUCUGGUCCAAUUUGACGGACUGUACCCCUGUGCCGAACAGUUGCUUGAAAAGCCCUGUGCUAACUACAACGUCAACUUCCGCUUCGGCAAGGGCGUCAAGUACAAACCGUCGCCCGCGCAAGCCCGAGCAGCAUUCCUGGCCGAGACCUCUCGGAACCAUGGCGCACCCGAUGCCAAAGCGCAAACUAUCGAGGAUGACCAGGGCCGGACGUUCGAGAAGACUUUUAUUUCCAGCUCCCUCGAGCAAUUCAUGAACGAACAAUGCCUGUCCAUGAUCAAGCUUCGUUUUCAGAAUCUGGCCUACUCAUGGGACGAUGCCAACGAGCAAUUCCGGAACAUGUCCUCAAGAACUUGGGAUGAUCAAUCAGCCGCUAAGGCCAAUCAUGUGGAGGAGGCGACGGGACCCGAAUCCAAGUCAACAAAGAAGGCAAGGCCGACGAGAAAGUCGAAGGGAAAGCAAAAAGCAACAGCAGCGGUCCCCGCCUCGGAGACAGAUGAAGAGACGCCAUCACUCAAGCCCGUUCCAAACUUCCUAAUGUGGGAUGCCACCGCCAUUCGCCCCCUCGAACAAUGCAGCACCCCCUUGAUCGUCAUGCAAUUCGCGGUCCACUACUUCUCUCGGUGUACAGAGUACUGCCUGCGCUGCCACCAACAUAUCGGAACGGAGUUUGAGGCCCUCAAGCCUUUUGUCUGCUCAAACCCCUUAUGCUUGUUCCAGUACCUCGCGAUGGGUUUUGGGCCGUCCAUCGAGCACGAGAUUCUGACACAGCCAUAUGUCGUGGACCUCCUUGUCAGCUUGUGCUAUAGCAGCGUUCAGUACCCGAGAGUGAAUCACCCUGCCUUUCUCAACCAAGGGCAGGCACAAUAUAGGAUUCGUGAAUUUCCCUGUGGGCUUCACCUAAAGAUCCCAGACCCCUCCAGUGUUACCUUCUCAACCACAACUGCGGCCGGCAGCACGGCCCCAGUAUCCACCGACGCUACCACGGCCGCUUCAAACGAAGCAACCACUGCACCCACCAACGUCAUCAAGGUCCUGGCCGAUUUGCGAAACGGUGCGGUAACCGUGUCGAGUACGGAUCUAGGCCGCAUCGCCCCGGACACGUGGAUUACGCUGCGAGAGAAGGUACUUCAGCCUUCCGAGGGUGCACUUCAUCCUUCCGAGGGUUUACUUCAUCCUUUCGGGGAUGUACAUCAUCUUUCCAAUACCGAGCCCAAAUACCAUCAUGGACGUAUCAAGUACGUCGACCACCAAACCCGGACUCUCUAUGUCGAUGUCAACAUUCCGGCACCAAUGGAGGCCUCUGGGCCGGUCGAGAUGGAUUUGCUAUUCUAUGACACCGACUUCGACGACCUCGAUAAUACCGGGAAAGCACGCUCAAUGGCCACCAUCUUGAGGUCCCUCCCACCCAUCAGUUUGCUGCGAGAGUAUUUGAUCAAGAACCCGCAUAGCAGAUUGAGGUCAUACUCUGGCAUUUCACCUGCAGCUGUGACACUUUUGGAGUGGAUCGUGGCAUCCAACCGCUCAUGUAUCUUGCAGGUGACUCCCGUGGAAGACUCCCACGCGCAAGAUAGAACCCUUCUUGAAUCGAUCAAGACUCGGGACCAAGAGGCCAUCCCGUCCUUGGGGGAUGUCGUCCAGUUUCGGUUUGCCCAAGGCGCCCCGGACAAGGAGCUGCGAUUCCACCGAGCUCUAAAAGAAGUCAAACUGCGAAACUCUGACUACCCUACCCUAUUUGCCUGGCACGGAAGUGCCUUGUCCAAUUGGCACAGCAUCCUUCGCUACGGUCUAGACUUCAAAGAUGUACUUAACGGCAGGGCGUUUGGCAAUGGCGUUUACUUUUCACAGCUUUACGGCACUAGCCAAAGCUACGCCGCCCCUGACGCUACCGGUCGCUGGCCAAACUCGGCACUGAACAUCUCCAGUGUGAUCUCCCUGUGCGAGAUUGUGAAUGCCCCCGAGCGUUUUGUCUCGACUAAUCCAUAUCUGGUGGUCGGGCAGGUCGACUGGAUCCAGUGCCGUUACCUCUUUGCCCAGCGAUCGCACGGCGCUGCUGCCUCGACUGCUCCCGCCAAAGGUGCCGCAAACGAGAUCACGAAAGACCUUACACUCGCCCAAGAUCCUAUACGCACCGUUAUGGGACCGGAUGGCAAAGCCCUCACCAUCCCUUUGAAAGCAGUACCGACGAGGAAGCAGCAGAUGCCCAAAGCUCCAUCUUCGUCGAAGCGUGCCCACGAGCCAAUGUCUUCGUCGCGAGAAAUAGACGAAGAGCAAGUCUCAGAUCUCGAAUUUCUCUUCUUCGACGAGGAGGACGAGGACGGGCCGUCGCCACCCCCUGCUAAGCGAUCUAACUCUGCGCGGGAUUCCAGCGUUGAUAGCGCGACAGCUCGUCAGGUCACGACUCAGAGACCACUGACACCACCACAGACCGACUUCCGGGCGGGCACAUUAGACCUCAAUAGCUUCCCACGUCUUCCAAUGCCCGGAUGGGCCGAUGGUAAUUCGACAAAGACGCUGGCUGGAGAGAUCAAACACAUGCAGAAGGUCCAGGCCAGCACCCCGCUGCACGAGCUCGGCUGGUACAUCGAUUUUGACAGCAUGGAGAACAUGUUCCAGUGGAUCGUCGAGUUUCACAGCUUUGAUCCUGAGCUCCCCCUGGCGAAGGAAAUGAAGAAGGCUGGGAUCACGUCGAUCGUCCUGGAGGUGCGCUUCGGACGAGACUACCCCUACUCGCCGCCGUUUGUGCGUGUGGUCCGCCCCCGAUUCUUGCCAUUCUCUUCGGGAGGCGGCGGGCAUAUCACGAUCGGAGGCGCUAUUUGCAUGGAACUUCUCACCACGUCCGGAUGGAGCCCAGUGACGAGGAUGGACACCGUUUUUGUCUCGAUCAGGAUGGCCAUGAGUGAGACGGAGCGCCCAGCACACCUGCAGACCACGGAAACCUCAGCCAAAAUGUUCGACUACGGUGCCAACGAGGCGCUUGAUGCAUACAUCCGGUUUGCAGGCGUUCACGGGUGGGCGGUGCCCAAGGAUCUGCGGGAGACAGCUACUCAGGGCUGA